AUGCCAGAGCCUGCAAAGAAAGCAGUUUCUGCAUUUACCAAGAAGCCGAAGACGACAGAGGUGACAGCUGGAAGCACAGCUGUGUUUGAAGCAGAGACAGAGAAAACCGGCAUCAAGGUGAAAUGGCAGCGAGCUGGCACAGAAAUUACCAACAGUGAGAAAUACGCUAUCAAGGCAGAAGGAAACAAGCAUUCACUGACAAUCAAUAACGUAGGAAAAGACGACGAUGUGACAUAUGCUGUAAUAGCUGGAACUUCCAAGGUCAAAUUUGAGCUGAAGGUCAAAGAACCAGAAAAGAGUGAGCCAGUUCCUCCUGCUGAAGCUUCUCCUGCCCCAGCUGCCUCAGAGUUGCCUGCUCCACCGGUAGAAAGCAACCAAAACCCAGAAGUUCCACCUGCUGAGGCUCAACCAGAAGAGCCUGUAGACCCUAUUGGGCUCUUUGUGACACGACCUCAGGAUGGAGAAGUUACUGUUGGUGGAAACAUCAUGUUCACUGCCAAAGUUGCAGGUGAGAGUCUGCUAAAGAAACCGUCAGUGAAAUGGUUCAAAGGAAAGUGGAUGGACCUGGCAAGCAAAGUGGGGAAACAUCUCCAGCUGCGUGACAGCUAUGACAGAAACAACAAGGUGUACAUAUUUGAAAUGGAAGUCAUAGAAGCUAAUAUGACUUUUGCAGGAGGGUACAGAUGUGAGGUGUCUACCAAGGACAAGUUUGAUAGUUCUAAUUUCAACCUGACAGUGAAUGAGGCACCAGCAAGUGGAGAAAUGGAUAUUCGUGCUGCCUUCCGACGCACGAGCCUGGCAGGAGGGGGCAGACGGAUGACUUCAGCCUUUCUCAGUACUGAGGGAUCUGAAGAAUCUGGAGAGUUGAAUUUUAGUGCCCUACUCAAAAAGAGAGACAGUUUCCUGCGCACUGCAAGUCGAGGUGAUGGAAAAAGUGAUUCACAACCUGAUGUUGAUGUCUGGGAAAUCCUGAGGAAAGCUCCUCCUUCUGAAUACGAGAAAAUUGCUUUUCAGUAUGGUAUCACAGAUUUGCGUGGGAUGCUGAAACGCCUCAAACGCAUUAAGAAAGAAGAGAAAAAAAGUACAGCAUUCCUCAAGAAACUGGAUCCUGCUUAUCAAGUGGAUAAAGGACAAAAGAUUAAAUUAAUGGUCGAAGUUGCCAAUCCAGAUGCUGAUGUGAAAUGGCUGAAGAAUGGACAGGAGAUCCAAGUGAGCGGCAGCAAAUACAUUUUUGAGGCCGUUGGGAAUAAGAGAAUAUUGACCAUAAACCACUGCUCUCUGGCUGACGAUGCAGCCUAUGAAUGCGUGGUAGCUGAGGAGAAGAGCUUCACAGAAUUGUUUGUAAAAGAGCCCCCGAUCCUGAUCACUCACCCCCUGGAGGAUCAAAUGGUGAUGGUUGGAGAGAGAGUGGAGUUUGAAUGUGAAGUGUCUGAGGAAGGAGCUACUGUGAAAUGGGAAAAGGAUGGUGUUGAGCUGACACGGGAAGAAACAUUCAAGUACAGAUUUAAGAAAGAUGGAAAAAAGCAAUAUCUAAUUAUUAACGAGUCAACCAAGGAGGAUAGCGGACACUACACAGUGAAGACAAAUGGUGGGGUAUCAGUUGCUGAACUAAUUGUACAAGAGAAAAAGCUGGAAGUUUAUCAGAGCAUUGCGGAUCUGACAGUGAAGGCACGUGACCAGGCAGUCUUCAAGUGUGAAGUUUCUGAUGAAAAUGUGAAAGGAAUCUGGUUGAAAAAUGGAAAGGAGGUGGUGCCAGAUGAAAGGAUAAAGAUCUCCCAUAUUGGCAGGAUCCAUAAGCUAACUAUUGAGGACGUUACACCAGCUGAUGAGGCUGACUAUUCCUUCAUUCCUCAGGGAUUUGCCUACAACCUUUCUGCCAAGCUCCAGUUUUUGGAGGUCAAGAUUGAUUUUGUACCAAGAGAAGAACCUCCCAAAAUCCAUCUGGACUGUCUGGGUCAAUCCCCUGACACUAUUGUUGUGGUGGCUGGGAACAAACUGAGAUUGGAUGUUCCCAUAUCAGGAGAUCCAACACCUACUGUCAUCUGGCAGAAAGUGAACAAGAAAGGUGAGCUUCUUCAAAUCAGUGAAGAUUCUAUGACCCCCUCAGAAAACAGCAGUGAUUUAAGUACCGAUAGUAAGCUUCUAUUUCAAUCUGAAGGCAGAGUUCGUGUGGAAAAGCAUGAAGACCACUGUGUCUUCAUCAUUGAAGGAGCUGAAAAGGAGGAUGAGGGAGUAUACCGAGUUAUAGUUAAGAAUCCAGUGGGAGAAGAUAAGGCUGAUAUCACAGUCAAAGUUAUUGAUGUUCCUGACCCCCCAGAAGCUCCCAAGAUCAGCAACAUUGGAGAAGAUUACUGCACUGUGCAGUGGCAACCUCCUGCAUAUGAUGGUGGGCAACCAGUACUGGGCUAUAUUUUAGAGAGAAAAAAGAAGAAGAGCUAUCGAUGGAUGAGGCUGAAUUUUGACCUUCUAAAAGAGCUAACCUAUGAAGCCAAGCGAAUGAUUGAAGGAGUAGUUUAUGAGAUGCGGAUUUAUGCUGUGAAUUCUAUUGGCAUGUCCCGGCCAAGCCCUGCCUCACAACCCUUCAUGCCAAUUGCUCCUCCAAGUGAACCAACACACUUUACAGUGGAGGAUGUCUCCGACACCACUGUUACCUUGAAAUGGAGACCCCCUGAACGGAUUGGAGCAGGGGGAUUAGAUGGCUAUAUAGUGGAAUACUGCAAAGAUGGAUCUGCAGAAUGGACUCCGGCUCUUCCUGGCCUAACUGAGCGAACAUCUGCACUGAUUAAAGACCUGGUCACAGGUGACAAACUUUAUUUCCGUGUAAAGGCUAUAAACUUGGCUGGUGAAAGUGGAGCAGCAAUAAUCAAAGAGCCCAUUACUGUUCAAGAGAUCAUGCAGCGUCCCAAAAUCUGGCUGCCGCGCCAUCUUAGACAGACUCUGGUGAAGAAAGUGGGUGAGACAAUCAAUAUAAUGAUACCUUUUCAGGGUAAGCCUAGACCCAAAAUAAGUUGGAUGAAAGAUGGUCAAACUCUAGACUCCAAAGAUGUGGGAAUUCGGAACAGCAACACGGACACAAUCCUUUUCAUUAGAAAGGCAGAACUUCAUCACUCAGGAGCAUAUGAAGUCACUCUUCAAAUAGAAAAUAUGACAGAUACAGUUGCAAUAACAAUUCAAAUCAUAGAUAAGCCUGGCCCUCCUCAGAAUAUAAAACUGGCCGAUGUUUGGGGAUUUAAUGUUGCCCUGGAGUGGACACCUCCACAGGAUGAUGGCAAUGCACAGAUCUUGGGCUACACGGUCCAGAAAGCUGACAAAAAGACAAUGGAAUGGUACACUGUUUAUGACCACUACCGUCGUACAAACUGUGUAGUGUCAGAGCUGAUUAUGGGCAACGAAUAUUUCUUUCGAGUCUUCAGUGAAAAUUUGUGUGGAUUGAGUGAAACUGCUGCAACUACCAAAAAUCCUGCCUAUAUCCAAAAAUCAGGCACCACUUACAAGCCACCUAGUUACAAAGAACACGACUUCUCUGAACCUCCUAAAUUCACUCACCCUUUAGUAAACCGGUCUGUGAUUGCAGGAUACAACGCUACGCUCAGCUGUGCAGUGAGAGGAAUCCCUAAGCCAAAGAUAUUCUGGUACAAAAACAAAGUGGAUCUCUCUGGGGAUGCCAAAUACCGCAUGUUCAGUAAACAGGGUGUGCUGACAUUGGAGAUUCGGAAACCCACUCCAUUUGAUGGAGGCUUUUACACCUGUAAAGCCGUUAACGAGUGUGGUGAAGCUGAAAUAGAGUGCAGACUGGAUGUCAGAGGUAAUCAGAUCAAUAUUAUGGAUGACAUUAACUCUGCAGGGAAAAACCAACAUUAAUGGUAUUCAAAAAAAAAAAAACCAACAAACCAAAACAAAAAAACACCACCAAACACUGCUGUAACACUGUAACGGGAUGGAAACUGCAGCAACAGCAUAGCAGCAAAGCCCUAGAUUGCAGCAAGUGAGGAUAUGCUCAAAAAAAAGUAGUCCUGGACACAGAAACAAAGGAAAGAAUCUGCCUACCUUCAGAAAGCCUCAGGGACAUAGGGAACUCCAGCAAGAUUCCCUCACCUCUACUGCCAACUCUUAAAUGAGGUCUGGGAAGGGCUGGAUCCUGGCUCCAGCCUUUCUGGUCACCAGGUGCAUUACAUGCAGCUGAGCUCCCCUGGAUUGGCCCUGCCUUCCACCAGGUGCUCAAUCACUGCUUCGAGACAUGACUCAGCAUUUCCACAACAAUUAGCUAACAUUAUCUAAAUUAGUCUACAUUUGUUGAUUACACACAAAAGCAAGAUUGUGUUUUUCAGGCUAAACUGUUACAAAAUAAUUAAAUUACAUGCUAGGCAACACAGGGCUUAAGAAAGAUAACGUAUUUCUGAGUUGGUGUUUCUAAAGGAGAUAGCACAGGAACAGAGGUCUAUCAACAAACACUGCAUUGCGUAUAAUUGUUCUAAACUGGUGAGCUGUAUUCUACAAUGGAAGUUUGAACUUCAAUGCUACGACUCCACAGUUACAAGCUGCUAGAUAGAUGUAAGAGGUAACAUAGGCUAUGUUGCAAACAAUUUCCAGGUGGACACUGAUAAUUUGUUUAGCACCACAGUAAGGAAUAUCAACAAUAUUUUCAGUGAAGCCACUUCGUUAGGACUAUCACAGAUAAAAACAACCAUGACAGAGAUUCCAUAUUUAUGUUCAGCAACAGGUCUCAAUUUAAAAUUAUCUUCCUAAUAACUUUUUUUUUCUUUCCCCAUUUUCCAGUACCUCAGUAAGACUGAAUUUCAAUUCAUUCACACAGCAAGGUAUGAAUCAAAAUAAUUCAGCCAGAUAAAGGAACAACGGGUGCUUGGUUAUAAAUAAGAAUAAACAUUGUUUGUUUUUUGUUAGGCCUAGUGGAAUUUUGAUUAUCUGGGGGUAUGUGCACAUU